GUAUUUUUAUUAAAUAUGUUCGGCGAAUCUAGCGAUUCGGAUGAUGAUGUUCAAAUAAAACAAUUUUUGGAGGCAGCUGAUUCAACACUAUUAAACGAUUCUCUCUUUCAAAAAAAUCCCGCACCCGCGAGCGGUUUACAUAUUCCGAGCAAACCAAAGAAUAAUGAGUUUGAAAGCGAUGUGACGGGCACGAAUUCCAAUGAUAUACCUAAGUCUCAACGUUAUUUGUCGGAUGAUGAGUUUGGCGAAAAUGGAGUGCGACGUGAUCUCAUUUUCUCAGAUGCCGUUCAAAGGCAUAUAACAAAAAAAAUGAAAGCGAUUUUAAAUAACAAAUAUGAAUUUUUCAAUCAAAAGUUUCAAAGCGCUCACAAGGUAGAUAAAUAUAAAAGUCCUGUGAAAUUGUUAAGUGAUGCUGGCUGUUAUGUAAAUGCUUACGAGGAUUUUCAGUGUGAUAAUUUAGGACCAAGAAAGAAGCCAACAAUCAAAAGAAGAUCUAUCGAUAAUGUAGCGGAAAACACCAAAACAUCAUUUAAAAUAUUAGCUGUGGAUAGUUCAUACAUUCUUAACGGCUGUGAUUUGAAAUAUUGGGCACCAAGAAAAGAACGUCCGGAUAAAGUGUUUCAUUACAGAAUGGAUAAUAAAGGAGUUCUAUAUGCUAAAGAAAAUUUAAAUGAAUUUAGUUUCUUAAGACAACGUAAUCAAUGGAAUGAAAGUAAAAUAAAAUACCGAAAUUGUGGUAAAAUGCCUAAGAACACUUAG